CUGCACUUCCGUUUCACUUCAAACCCCUCAAUCAUUUCUUUCCGGCGCGUCCUCUUUCUUACGGACUCGUCAUUCAACACCAUUUUCCCCAACGAUCCCUUCACAACCGCCAAGCUGGAUUCUUCCGUGGUCAUGUCGAGCGCGCCUGCGCCGGCGCUUUUACCACCGCCUGAAGGUAUAUACCGAACCUUCGAAGACCUCUUGUCGUCCAUUCAGCGCGUCGCAAAGGACCAGGGCUACGGUGUCGUCAAGUUGCGCGCCUCCAACUACCGCGACGGCAAGCCCACCCGUUACGACUUGGUUUGCGACCGCGGCGGCGUCAAGUACAGCAGCACCGCCAAAAAGCGCAAUCCCUCUACGCGCAAGGUCGACUGCCCCUGGCGCGCGAAGGCCGUCUGCGAGGUUCAACUCGGCAACCAGUGGCGCUUCGCUGUUCAGGAGGGCAGCCACAACCACGAGCCUCGUGUCGCGACAGCCCCUCCUGGCCAGGAGAACACUCCCCUCGCCCAAUCCAUCCGCUCUUUCACGAACAAGAUCGACCGCCUGAACCAUGACAUGACCCAGGGAUUCUUGCGCAUCGAACAGGUCCUCGAAACGAUGAACAAGCGGUUGGAAAACCUCGAGAAUCGUACCGGAGCGUACGAGCCCCGCUUCCAGAACAUGGAGUCGCGGUUACAAGGCAUGGAGGCUCGCGGUAGCAUGGAGCUGCCCAUGGACGACGUCGACGCUCGGCUGCUGUCCUCUACGGUCAUGUAG